AUGCACCAGCGGGGGGCGGUCCGCUCUGGGGUCUUCGGCAGCAUUGCAGCGGUGGCGGUGGUCCGCUCAGGGUCUUCAGCAGCAUUGCAGCGGAGGCGGCAGUCCACUCCGGGGUCUUCAGCAGCAUUGCAAGCGGUGAGCGUUGCAACCAGCGCGACCGCUCGCUGCUCCCGGCUCCGGCCAGGCCUCGCCAUUGGCCCGGUGGCGAUUACUGUCGUGCUGGUCGGGCUACGAGUGGACAAGCGCGGGAGCAGGAAUGGCCAGGGGCAGAUACUCCAGCGCUUCCCGGAGAAGGACUGGGAGGAUAACCCCUUCCCACAGGGCAUUGAACUGUUUUGUCAGCCGAGCGGUUGGCAGCUCUUCACCGAGCGGAAUCCCCCCACCUUCUUCGUCGCUGUGCUGACGGACAUCAGCUCCGAGCGGCAUUACUGCGCCUGCUUCACUUUCUGGGAGGCUGUCGAGAGUGCCCAGUCUCAGAGCUACUCAAGGAAUGGUGAGGAGGAGGAAGAGGAGUCGUCAUCCCUUGUCCAGCCUGCGCAGCUCUUUGCUCCUAAGAGUUUGGUGCUAGUAUCACGACUGGACCAUACUGAGGUUUUCCGGAACAGCCUGGGUUUGAUUUACACCAUCUACGUGGAUGGGCUGAGCGCAUCGCUGGAGAACGUCAUUGGAAACCUCUUGACGUGUACCAUCCCCAUUACAGGGGGAGCUCAGCCUGACGUGGAGGACGAAAUAGCGAGGACGAUCUCUCUAGGGGCAGGCGACAGGCAGGUGAUCCAGACGCCCAUCAAUGAUUCUCUCCCCGUCAGCAGCUGCAGCGUAGCACUGCUCUUCCGGCAGCUUGGGAUCACCAAUGUGCUGUGUCUCUUCUGUGCUGCACUCACCGAACACAAGAUCCUGUUUCUCUCCAGCAGUUAUCAGAGACUCACAGAUGCCUGCCGGGCCCUGCUUGCGCUUAUGUUCCCCCUCAAGUACAGUUUCACGUACGUGCCCAUCUUACCUGCACAGCUCCUUGAGGUGCUCAGCACUCCAACGCCCUUCAUCAUCGGUGUCAGCUCCAUCUUCCAGUCGGAGACGCAGGAACUGUUGGAUGUCGUCGUAGCAGAUCUGGAUGGUGGGACGGUGACCAUCCCAGAGUGCAUUCACAUCUCCCUGCUCCCUGAGCCACUGCUCCAUCAGACACGAGAAGCCCUCUCCAUGAUCUUGGACCCUGAGUUGGAGGUAGCAGACUUAGCAUUCCCCCCAUCAACCGUGUCUGCCUCCUCGCUCAAAAUGCAGGACAAGGAGAUCCGAGCUGUCUUCCUCCGUUUGUUUGCACAGCUGCUGCAGGGCUACCGCUGGUGCCUGCACAUCAUCCGAAUCCACCCAGAGCCAGUCAUCCGCUUCCACAAGGCAGCCUUCCUUGGUCAGAGGGGGCUGGUGGAGGAUGACUUCCUCACCAAGGUCCUGGAGGGCAUGGCGUUCGCUGGCUUUGUGACCGAGAGGGGUGCCCCAUACCGAGCAAUUGACCUGUUUGAUGAGCUGGUCGCCUAUGAAGUGAAGCGGAUGCGUGCUGAGGAGGGGAGCAAGCAGAAAAUACUGCGGCACAUCAAGGAGCUGGCAGAGCAGCUCUAUAAAAAUGAGAACCCAUACCCCGCAGUGACAAUGCACAAGGUGCAGAAGCCCACAGAUGGCUGCCACCUGCGCCUACACCAGAGGCCUUUUCCCCGCUUGGACGAGGGGACAGUCCAGUGGAUCAUCGACCAGGCCACUGCCAAGCUGCAGACAGCCCCCCCGGCUGUGAAGGCGGAGAAGAAGUGUAUGGUGCCAUCGGGACCCCCCAUUGCUGCCAUCAUGGAGCGCAAUGGCAGUGCCCUGGCCAACAGCGCCCGCCGCCUGGAGGUGGUCAGGAACUGCAUCUCCUAUGUCUUCGAGAACAAGAUGCUAGAAGCCAAAAAGCUGCUUCCAGCUGUACUAAGGGCCAUGAAGGGCCGAGCAGCCAGACACUGCCUGACUCAGGAGUUGAAUCUGCAUGUGCAGCAGAACAGAGCUGUACUGGACCACCAACAAUUCGACUUCAUUGUCCGUGUGAUGAACUGCUGUUUACAGGACUGCACUGCCAUGGAUGAGCAUGGGAUUGCAGCAGCACUUUUGCCACUAGUCACUGCUUUCUGCCGAAAACUGAGCCCGGGCAUCACACAGUUUGCCUACAGCUGUGUGCAGGAACAUGUCGUGUGGACCAACAUCCAAUUCUGGGAGGCCAUGUUCUACUGCGAUGUGCAGAACCACAUCCGAGCCCUGUACCUGGAGAGCAAUGAGGAGAACCACUUGGAUGAGGAUGGCAAGGAGGGGCCUCAGGAAGAGAAAUCUGCCCUGGAGAUUGCGUCGGAGCAGCGGAGGCUGUGGCCUACCAUGAGCCGAGAGAAGCAGCAGGAACUGAUCCAGAAGGAGGAGAGCACAGUCUUCAGCCAGGCCAUCCACUACGCCAACCGCAUGAGCUACCUGCUGCUGCCCCUCGACACCAGCAAGAACCGGCUGCUGCGCAGCUCGGGACUGGGCGAUGUGGAGAGCGUCAGCAACAGCUUUGUCACCAACAGCAUUGCCGGCAGCGUGGCCGAAAGCUACGACACGGAAAGUGGGUUUGAGGAUGCCGAGAGCUCCGACGUGGCCAACUACGUGGUACGCUUCAUCAACCGCUUCGUGGACAAGGUGUGCACGGAGAGCGGCGUCACCAAUGAGCACCUGAAGGGGCUGCACAUCAUGAUCCCUGACAUCGUGCAGAUGCACAUAGAAACACUGGAUGCUGUGCACAGGGAGAGCAAGAGGCUCCCUCCUAUUCAGAAGCCCAAGCUGCUGCGCCCCAGCCUGCUGGUGGGUGAGGAGUGUGUCAUGGAAGGGCUCCGCGUGUACCUCAUGCCUGACGGACGUGAAGAAGCUGCCGGAGGCAAUAUUGGGGGCCCCCCACUACUCCCUGCUGAAGGAGCCAUCUUCCUCACUACUUACCGCAUCGUUUUCAAGGGUACCCCCACAGACCCGCUGGUGGGGGAGCAGGUUGUGGUCCGGUCCUUCCCCAUUGCCUCACUGACCAAAGAGAAGAAGAUUAACGUCCAGCCCCAGGUGGAUCAGCUCAUCCAGAAAGAGAAGAAGAUCAGUGUCCCAGCCCAGGUGGAUCAGCUCAUCCAGGAGGUGCUGCAGCUGCGCUCAUGCACGUUCCAGUUGCUGCGGAUCGCCUUUGACGAGGAGGUGGCUUCAGAGAGCGCCGAGGUCUUCAGGAAGCACCUGCACAAGCUGCGCUAUCCCCAGCACGUACGUGGCACCUUCGCCUUCACCGUGGGCCAGUCACCCAAGCAAGCCAUGCAGCCCAAGGCCAAGGAGAAAAACCCCUCACUCAGGACACUUUCUAAGAACCUGAUGAAGAAUGCCAAGAAGACCAUUGGCCGACCAUACGUGACCCGCAAGAAGUACACGCCACCUACUUGGGAGCAGCGCAGCAGUCAGCACUUCCAGGAGGAUGAUGAGGAUGAAAUCUCAGUGUCUGAAGAGAUAGACAGAAGCACCCUGACCCCCUCCACUAUCAUCAAACCUUCAGACAAGAUGACCUUGAGCCACCUAGUAGAGCGAGCCUGCUGCCGUGACUACCAGAGGAUGGGGCUGGGCACGCUGAGUAACAGCCUCACCCGCUCCAAGAACGAGCCCUUCCGCAUCUCCACGGUGAACCGCAUGUACGCCAUCUGCCGAAGUUACCCGGGGCUGCUGAUUGUCCCGCAGAGCAUCCAGGACAACACCAUCCAGAGGAUCUCACGCUGCUACCGCCAGAAUCGCUUCCCUGUCAUCUGCUGGAGGAACUCCCGCACCAAGGCUGUGCUGCUGAGGUCGGGGGGGCUGCACGGCAAGGGUGUCGUGGGCCUUUUCAAGUCGCAGAACGCCCCUACUGCAGGCCAGUCGCAAACAGACUCCACCAGCCUGGAGCAGGAGAAGUACCUGCAGGCAGUGAUCAACUCCAUGCCGCACUAUGCUGACGCCGGCGGGCGCAAUACGCUCAGAAGCUUCACGUCUGCGCACAUGAGCAGCGCAGAUUCUUCCGACAAGAGGCAGCCCAAGCUGGGAUCGCUCAUGAAGCAGGUGAUGGGAGGGAAGGACGAUGGGCCAGGCACUAUUAGCCGAGGAGCACUAGGUCCCAGAGCUAGGGUGGUCACUCUGUCCACCCCCAAGGGUGCAUCGGUGAAGGGCCGUGAAAGUCCCCGAGGCAAGUGGGGCAGCAUCAGGGCCAGCGGGCGCAUGAGCAACUACGUCUUGAACAUGGAGAUCGGGUCCCGUCUGGCUGGGAAGGACCUGCUGAGCGCUCAGCACAACGGGGCCCCCUCUGAGGCCAGCUUCCUGCGCCAGCAUCGGGCCUCCCUCUACAUCAUUGGGGACAAGUCACAGCUGAAGGGAGUGAAGCCAGACCCGCUGCAGCACUGGGAGGUGGUGCCCAUCGAGGUGUUUGACGUGCGGCAGGUGAAGGCUAGCUUCAAAAAGCUGAUGAAGGCCUGCGUGCCCGGCAGCCCUGCCACAGACCCCAGCCUCGCCUACCUGCGGACCCUGGAAGAGUCCGAAUGGCUGUCCCAGAUCCACAAGAUCCUGCAGAUCUCGGUGCUGGUGGUGGAGCUGCUGGAUACAGGUUCCUCUGUGCUGGUCAGUUUGGAGGAUGGCUGGGAUAUCACCACACAGGUGGUGUCCUUGGUGCAGCUGCUGUCAGACCCCUACUACCGGACAAUGGAGGGCUUCCGGCUCCUCGUGGAGAAGGAGUGGCUGUCCUUCGGGCACCGCUUCAGCCACCGCGGAGCCCAGACCCUUGCUGGCCAGAGCAGCGGCUUCGCUCCUGUCUUCCUGCAGUUCCUGGACUGUGUCCAUCAGAUCCACCUCCAGUUCCCCAUGGAGUUUGAGUUCACCCAGUACUACCUGAAGUUCCUCAGCUACCACUACGUCUCCAAUCGGUUCCGCACCUUCCUGCUGGACUCGGACUACGAGCGGAUUGAGCUGGGCCUCCUGUAUGAAGAGAAGGGCGAGCGGAAGAGCCAGCAGGUCUACAAGUCCAUCUGGGAGUACAUCGACCGGCUGAACAAGAAAACCCCUGUCUUCUUCAACUACAUGUACGCUCCUGAGGAUGGGGAGGUGCUGAGGCCGUACAGUAACAUCUCCAACCUGAAGGUGUGGGACUACUACACCCAGGAGGUCCUGUCCGAGGGCCCCUCCUACGACUGGGAGCUGGUGCAGGGGCAGCCGGAGCACGUGGAGGAGGUGGAUCGGCAGGACUCCAGUGCCCCGCAGACCAAGCGCAAAAUCAUUUGGCCGUGCUACGACAACCGCAGCCGAGUGGAGCCCGACGCCAUCUCCAAGCUGCUGGAGGAGCUGCACAACCUGGAAGCAGAGCUGGGCCAGGUGCCGGAGCGCUGGAAGGACACAUGGGACAAGGUCAAAGCCUCCCAGCGCACAGAGGCCCGGCAGGAGGCCAGCAGGAUGGCGUCCAGUUCCCUGCUGAUGUCCUCCAGCCUGUUGCCCCACCGGCGCUCGCUGGGGGUUUACCUGCAGGAGAGCAGUGUGGGCUCCACCCUCAACCUCAGCCUGGACAGCGACACCAGCAGCACCUCCACCCCGUCCAGCGGGAAGCAGGGGGGCCGCAAGAGCACCAGCAACCUCUACAGCCAGUUCCAGAUGUCAGAGAGUGAGAACAGGUCCUACGAGGGGACGCUCUACAAGAAAGGAGCCUUCAUGAAGCCCUGGAAGCCCCGCUGGUUUGUGCUGGAUAAAACCAAACAUCAGCUGCGGUACUAUGACAACCGGAUGGACACGGAGUGCAAAGGGGUCAUUGACCUGGCAGAAGUGGAGUCCAUCACCCCCGGCACCCCCACCAUGGGGGCCCCCAAGACAGUAGAGGAGAAGGCCUUCUUCGAUCUGAAGACGACGAAACGAGUUUACAAUUUCUGUGCCCAGGACGUGCAGCUGGCCCAGCAGUGGAUCGACCGCAUCCAGAGCUGCUUGUCGGACGCGUGAGACUGGCUCAGCAGCAGCCCCCAUUCCAGGAACGGAGUCCCCCGGGCCCCAGUGCGUGAAGCAGAGGCAAUGCCCAGGGUUAGCACAUGAGCUGACCCAGGUCUGACUGACUGAGGAGGCCGGAGGCCUUAAUCUCCCCCACUGCCAGGGGCACAUCGUACUGGAAGCCCCAGGCCCCCUGCGUGCUCAAGGACAGUAGCAGGGGUCAGGGCAGGAUCAGGGUGUUACACUAUGGUAGGAACUGUCCAGCGCAGGAACUAAUUGCAUUGAAAUGUCAGGCUAGAGGGAGUGGGGAUCAAUUCUUACAACCCUGCUAAGCCUGUCUGAGCCACAUAAUUACCGGCUCCCACCCCCGGCAGGAUAUGGGCCUGGGGUCCCUGGCUGGGCAUUGCGGCUCCCACCCCCGGCAGGACACAGACCUCAGGUCCUGGCUCCCAUGCCUGGCAGGAUAUGGGCCUGCGGUCCCUGACUGGGCAGCAUGGCUCCCACCCCAGGCAGGACACGGACCUCGGGUCCCGGCUCCUGCCCCUGGCAGAAUAUGGGCCUGGGGUCCCUGGCUGGGCAUGGCGUUUGUCUGAGCAGUGCUCUGGUUCUCUUGUGAAUGCUGCUGUGGGGUUUUACUGGCCCUUUGCUGGGAGAGGCUUCAGGAGGUGCUGUGCAUUGAACAACCUCCCCACCACUGGGGAGCAGGAUGAGCUUUCCCUGGUUACCCCUCUGCAC